AGCAGCUUGGCUGAUUUCCAUUCAGUCUCACACUGAUUGGAGAAACGUUGCGGCUGCACUGAGCAGCCAAUACUUUCCACGCUCACCCCUUGGAAGGAAACACAAUCUACUAAAGAGAGUGACGCUUUUCCCAUCGUGCAGCUCCGCUCUUACAGUUGGAGAUUUUCCGCCAUUUUUGAAAGUGCACAGAAUUGGUGCAGGAGGCAGUUGCUAAGAGGCGGCGAAGAAGCUGCUGGAGGAGACGGCGGGGAGGUGAAGAAGGAACUUGCAGGAGGAGGAGGAGGCGGCGGCGGCGAAGAAGGAGCUCACUGGAAGAGGCGGCAGCGGGGUGAAGAAGGAGCUGCUGGAUCUCGGGUCUAUGUGUCGCUCGCACGCUGCAAGCGGCGGCCAUGGAGUUCCAAGGAUCUGAACCAAUGGCAUUGGGAUCGCCAACAUCUCCUAAGCCAGGUGCAGGUGCUCAGUUUUUACCUGGUUUCUUAAUGGGAGAUUUACCAGCCCCAAUAACUCCUCAACCACGGAACUUUUGUGGCACUUUGGCAGGAAUAAUGGACAUACGAUCUCCUUUUGGAGGAGGCACACCACCUCAACCAGUUGUGCCCACUCCGAAAGAUAAGUGUGGCGCACCACCAGUUCGUAGUUUGUAUGAUGAUUUGGGAACCACAAGAACUGGACUUUCACCCAUAGGUUCACGACAACUGGCUAAUGUUCAAAAAGUUCAAACACCUCUUUCUGGAAAUAAUGUAACUCCUGGAUCAGGUACCAAUAGUAUAUUUAGUCCAGCCACUAUUGGCCAACACAGAAAGGUGACUCUUUCUCCUGCCCAGGCGGAUCCUUUCUACACACAAGGAGAAUCUCUUACUUCAGAUGAUCAUUUAGAUGACACAUGGAUCACAGUUUUUGGGUUUCCACCAGCAUCUGCUUCAUACAUCCUUCUACAAUUUGCACAAUACGGAAACAUCUUAAAGCAUGUGAUGUCAAACAAUGGGAACUGGAUGCAUAUUCAGUAUCAGUCUAAACUGCAGGCCAGGAAAGCCUUAAGUAAAGAUGGAAAGAUUUUUGGAGAAGCUAUCAUGGUUGGAGUGAAGCCAUGCAUCGAUAAGUGUGUUAUGGAAACAUCUGAUAGAGCUAAUGGAACACUGUUCUCAGUCCUCAGUCCAACUAUCAAUACUCUCGGUACAACUGUACAGUCACCUAGCACACCAAGAACAACAACAAUGAGGCCUCUGGCUGCAGCAUAUAAAGCUUGUAGCAGUGAUUAUCAGGUGGUUUCAGACCGGCAGACUCCAAGGAAAGAUGAGAGUCUUGUUUCCAAAGCCAUGGAAUACAUGUUUGGUUGGUAGUGUUCCUGUUGAGGAGCUUGAAGAAUAUAGCUUUUGUUCUGAAGACUUCCAGUUGCUGAAAAACACUUGAUGUGCAAUUAGGCACUGCUCUCACAAUAGCAAAAAGUUCAACCACUAAUGGUUUGGUUAGUUGUAUAACCACUGUUAUUGGGUCGAGGGUAUGCAUUUAUCAAGACCAGGUAACCUGUAAAUAGUUUGCACUUUAAAAUUUGACUUCAUGCAUAAGUUUACAGGAAGUAUGAAAACAAGUGUUAAAAUGUCAAAUUGUUGCCUUUUUAAUUUUUUGGUGCAUGCAUUUCUCUAGUGUGGAAAAUUUUUAGGGUGGGAGGGAUAAUUUCCUGAUCAUGUACUGUAUUUCUAUGAACUGAAAUAUAUCUCUGGUCUUAAGUUGUAAUUUUAAUCUAGGUUAUCAAGAAAAAAUAAAUAACCUUUGUACACUUAGGAAAAUCGAUGAUGAUGUGUGAUUAUAAAUGACAUGCUGUGCCAGCAUAUGUUUUCUUGUACUGAGCUGGCAGUGUUGCUUUGAACUGCUAAACUUUGGUAGUGAAUUUUUUAAAAUGCCAAAACAGUUCCAAAUUUUAAAUCUUGAGCACUAAGUAUUGAUAGUAAUUUUUGCUGUUCAUUGUUUAGUAAAACAAGUUUUUAAAGGACAUAUUUUUCGAGGACAAAUACAUACUGUGUUGAUUGGGAUUUGCAAUAGAUAAUGAGGCUUGUGUAUGAAACCUUUCUAACUUAACCAUAUUUUACAGAAUUAUUUGUAUUUAUAACAACAGUUCAUUCUUUAUAUUCCAAAAAUCUGUUUUAGAAUACCUUGUCCAGCAGUGAGUCCUUAUAAGAUAACACCGUUGAAAAUAUAAAAUGGUGUCAUGAAAACACGUUUGAAAAUAAAGUUGGAUGCAUCAAGUGGUCAUGUUCCACCA